UUGAGUUACUAGGAAUCAUCUAUGAAUUUGAUUGGCAUAAAGCUCCGAUCCCAGCCUGCCAUUUUCAAGCGCUAGCGGUUCAGUUUACAGCUUUCGUAUCGGGCGCUUGUGCAUUCAGUUAUACGAUUCAAGCAUACCGUCUUCUCUUUAGCGGUAUACAACACAAAUCAACAAAGGCAAAGUGGAAAUGGUACUACUACGAAUUUAUAGCUGCAUAUUCAAUUGUUGGCACCAUAACAAUAUCGAUACUAGCUGUCAAAAAAAAUGCUAUAAAA